AUGACCUUUUUCAAAACCGCUAAGCCGAUCGUCUUCAUCGGCGCCGCCGGUGAGAUGUGCCGUGUGGCCAUUGAGCGCUUCGCGGCCGCAAGCGACGCUCCACUCAUCCUUGCCGAUAUCAACACCUCCGUGCUAGAGACCUUGACCGCCAAGCUCCCCGCUGGGCGGGCGUCGACGAAGAAACUCGAUCUAUUCGACCGCGCUGCGCUAAUCGAUACGAUCCAGGGCGCCGCGCUCGUGGUGCUAGGAGCAGGUCCAUACAUGCGCACAUCCGCACCUGUCCUCAGCGCAUGUCUCGAUGCCAAGGUACCGUACCUUGACUUUGAUGACGAUGUCCAGAGUACCCAGGAUGCCCUGGGGCUCCACGAGCGUGCUAAAAAGGAGGGUGUCCCUUGUUACAUUGGAUGCGGUGCGUCGCCCGGAAUGACUAACGUGAUGGUAAUGGACGCGGUCCGGGAACUGGACACGGUCGAAACCAUUGACGUUUGCUGGCUGGUUGGGGACGAGCGAGGCUCGACAGGAAAGGCUGUCUUAGAGCAUUUGAUGCAUAUUGCCUCUGGUCCCUGCCUCACCUGGGCCGAUGGGAAGCCCACAAUGAACGAGUCCUGGGUCGAGACCACUUAUGCCCCCAUGCUGGCUGGGGAGGGCGAGACACUUCUUCACGAGACAGCACACCCUGAACCUGUCACAUUGCCUCGACUGUUCCCUAACGCAACUCGCAUUCGCUGUGCUGGAGCCUUGGGCCCCGCUCCACUCAACGGCAUCGCCCGCGGCCUUGGCCAGGCGGUUCGGCGGAAUGCGAUCUCAAUGGAAGAGGCGGUGAACUUCCUCUUGAAGCUGACUAGCGAGGACCCUUCGGCUGGGUGGGGAGAGGCGUUCGGUGAGCUAUCAGCAACAUUCAGGGGUGGAGACAUUACGGUCAAGGAGCUCAUCCAACUGGCGGGACAACUGAGCCACUCACUCAGCCCUUGGCGAUAUGCGAUAUAUGGACUGAUUGAAACGAUUUGGAGCGGGGAGUGCACGACAGGCGAAGUCCUGUCCUUUUUGGUGAGUUCGGCCCGCGGAAAGAGGGUGGAAAAUAAGGGCGGCCUGUUGGUCCGUGCUGUGGGCCUUCGCAACGGGCAUCCUGCUACAGUGACCAAGCGCACAGCGAAGUGUGGAGAGACCACUUUCUUGUCGCGAACGAUGGGCACAGUUACAGGCACCUCAACGGCUGCCUUUGUUUUGCUGGCUCUAGAGGAUGGUACUACGCGCAGUGGUGUCUAUGCACCGGAAGACUGGGCUGAACCCAGCAGAUUCUACAGUGCACUGGAACGUCUCGGUACCCCUAAGGAUGAGCUUGUUGAAAAGAUUUAG